AUGUACUGGCUGCGGCGCGGCAGCAUUGUGCUGGCGCUAUUGUUGGUGGCUUCUUUCAUUGCCUGGUUCGUCCCGCGAGUCCUCGACCCAACGACGCAUGGCCCAGCCAGACGAGCCCGCGAUAGCCUUUGGGUGAGCAGCAGCCCCUACUGGAUUGACCGUCAACUGUGUCGCUGGCUGAGUCUUUGCGGCCUGCAUCACCUGCGCCGUGAUCCCGCCUCGCUGCCGAACCUGGACGCUGUGUCCGUCGACAACGUUGACGACCAGGUGUGGAGCGAGCUUCGCAGGAGAUCCGCUGAACCCCUGUCGUGGGAAGACAGAACAUCCGACGAGUCCGGCGCUGCAACUGCCAAAAGACAGGACAAGAAGAGAAACACUUUCGAGAGGCGACGAAUCCUCAAGGACAUUCCCGACUACGUUCUCAAGCACGCACCCCUGGUACACCUGUACUCUGGCGAGCAGUUUUGGCCAUCCGAUAUCCGCGAGCAUGUGCGCCAUAUGGAAGUCGUCGUUGACGAUGAGUUGGUCAACAUCACCGAUGACAAACUGACGCUAGACAAUCUUCACCGCCUCAAUAAGUUCGAAGGCGUUAUCACUCUUCACAGCCUCGAUGAUGUCGAAACCCGGCCCACUUGGCUACACAGCCAUGACAAUACUCCUAGCCCCUUUGACGACGAUGGAGAUGGUCGUGGCCACAAGGGCGAGCAUAGCAGUGGUGCACCUGCUGGAGGCGAACGCACAACUUGGUUCGAUGUGGACAAGGAUACUCCCUUGCAUCGAAUCUCCGACCCGCGGCUCCGCGGCUCCCAGCGCCGACUGCGAUCCCGGUCCCGUGAGCCCCGCCUCCAACGCCGAGGACAUAAACCCGACGCCAACGGCUAUUCUCGAGCUCCCGCUGUCCUUGUUAUCGUAGACAAGGGAUCGGGCAUCAUCGAUGCAUUUUGGUUCUUCUUUUACUCGUACAACUUGGGGCAGACAGUUCUUGGUAUCCGCUUCGGCAACCAUGUCGGCGACUGGGAGCAUUCCAUGGUGCGGUUUCAAAAUGGCGUUCCCAAAGGCAUUUACUUUUCGGAACACGAGGGCGGCCAAGCCUACGCAUGGGAUGCCGUAGAGAAACGUGGUGAUCGCCCCGUCAUUUACUCGGCUGUUGGUUCACACGCCAUGUAUGCCACGCCUGGCGACCACCCCUAUGUCCUGCCAUUCAAGCUGCUCAAGGACGUCAGCGACAGAGGUCCACUCUGGGAUCCAGCGCUGAACAAUUACGCCUACCACUACAACUACAAAUUGGAGAAGCACACCGAGAUGGAUGAGGAGUCUAUCGAGGGUCACAAACGCACGCCGAGCCUUGUGCCCGCGUCCUCUAACCCCCAUGCACCGACGGGGUGGUUCCAUUAUGACGGCUACUGGGGCGACCGCCUGUACACCUUGGCAGAUAUCCGGCAAUGGCGCCUCUUUGGACAGUACCACUACGUUACUGGGCCCAGCGGGCCGAAGUACAAGCAACUUGACCGAUCCAAGGUGUGCCAGAGACCCCAAUGUCGGAUUCUAUACAAGCUUGAUCCAAAGGGGACCUGGUACUAG